AUGGCAGAGGAAAACGGGACCGGGGUGAUCGGCUUCCUCCUGAAGGGACUGUCAGACCGGCUGGAGGUGCGAUUCGCGGCCUUUGGUGCCGUCUACACGGCCACGCUCCUGGCCAACGGUGCCCUCCUCCUCGCCCUCCGCGGCUACCACCGUCUCCACACGCCCAUGUACUUCCUCCUCACCACCCUGUCGUUGCUGGACGUCUUCUGCCCCAUGGCCGCGGGUAAGGACGUCUUUCUCCUGGCGGUCACGGCCUCUGAGCAUCGCCUGGCCGUCAUCCGCCCUCUCCACUACGCUGUUCUCAUGGACCGGAGAGUGUGCGUCGCGCUGGCGGCAGGAGCCUGGCCGGCCCGCUUCCUCAACUCUCCCCUGCACGCGUCCUUCACCUUCACGAUGACCUUCUGCCUCUCCAACCUGGUGGACCAGUACUGCUGCGACGUCCCUCCGGUGACGGGCCUGUCCCGCUCUGGCGGCUCCUAUGUACUCGUCGCGGGCGCCACCUUGAAGAGCCGCUCAGCCGAGGGGAAGCGCCGGACCUGGUCCAUCUGCACCUCCUGCCUGCUGGCCGUCGGCCUCUUCUACGACCCCGCCAUCAUCACCUACAACCGGCCAUCUUUUGGUCACUCUCCAGGAAGCAAAAUGCUCGUGGGCAUGCUUUUUGGAGUCCUCAACCCCCUCAUCGACAGUCUGAGGAAUGAGGAGGUCAAGUUGCUGAGACAGAAGUUAGGCCCGCUGGGAUCUCUUUGGCACCCAUAG